GGUCGAGUUGCAUGUGAAAUCAGUUCAGCAGAUGAGCUGAUGCUCACGGAGAUGAUGUUUGGCGGUGUAUUCACAGAACUGGAUGCGACGCAUAUGGCAGCACUGCUGUCGUGUUUUGUGUUCGAAGAAAAGACGGGCGCAGCGAAGUUAGCUGACGAUAUGAGCGGAUAUUUGCAUUCUCUGCAGGUAUGCUAG